GCGCCGUAUAUAUUGAGCCCAGCAUGCCAUCCCAAACACACUGGCACAGACAGGUUACUGCUUCAUCAUCCUGUUCACUAUGGCCACAGACCACCAGAACCCUGCAUCCAAGCAGCAGCAGCCAGGCACCAGUGCUUUCAAGUUGAUCAUCUAUGAACAGGAGAACUUCCAGGGGCGUUGCCAUGAGCUGACUGGUCCCUGUAACGACCUCCAGGAAGCAGGCGUGGAGAAAGUGGGCUCCAUACUGGUGCUGUGUGGACCAUGGGUGGGUUACGAGCAGGCUAACUGUAAAGGGGAACAGUAUGUGUUUGAGAAGGGGGAGUAUCCUCGCUGGGAUUCCUGGACCAACAGCAGACGUAGCGACAACAUCUUUGCAUUCCGCCCCAUUAAAGUGGACAGCCAGGAGCACAAGAUUGUCCUUUAUGAAAACCCCAGUUUCGCGGGGAAGAAGAUCGAGAUCAUAGAUGAUGAUGUCCCCAGCUUCCACUCACAUGGAUACCAAGAGAAGGUCACCUCUGUCAGAGUUCAGAGUGGCACUUGGGUGGGGUACCAGUAUCCUGGCUACAGAGGCUAUCAGUACCUGUUUGAGAAGGGGGAAUACAAGGACUGUGCUGAGUUUGGUGCCCAGUUCCCUCAGAUCCAGUCCGUCAGGCGCAUCCGAGACAUGCAGUGGCACCAGAGGGGAGCUUUUCACCCUGUCGCUGGCGCCAACUAAGCGUAUAUGACUCUUUCCUGCACCAAGCCCUGACCCCUACAAUCCUGCUCCUUCCCAUACCUCUCUCUCCAUCACCUACUCAAAAUUGCAUUUUGAUGCCUAUUGCCAUUGUUUCAGUAGCACAAUCCUUUAAAGUAAAAUAAUAAAUCCUUGUUGCUUAUCUUUCAA